AUGGUGCAUAUUCAUGAGUCCGGCCCCAAACGCUGCUCUCAGCACCAAAGUCUGCAGGAGAUUCAACUCAGCACUCAGCUCGCAGUGAAACUUACCAAGAGAAUCAGAGCGCUGGCACAGGGUUUUCUGAGCACUGGAGAUCAGUCUGCGAAGGGGAAUUAUGGGCUACUGGACCAGAUUCAGGCUCUGCGAUGGCUCAAUGAGAACAUCGGACACUUCGGAGGAGACCCAGAGAGAAUCACCAUAUUUGGCUCUGGGGCUGGAGCCUCAUGCGUCAACCUUCUCAUCCUGUCCCAUCAUUCUGAAGGUUUGUUCCAGAGGGCCAUUGCUCAGAGUGGCUCCGCCAUAUCAAGCUGGUCAGUCAACUAUCGGCCCCUGAUGUACACCAAGAUCCUGGCCAAAAAAGUAGGCUGCAGCUACAGCGAGACUGCAGAUCUGGUGGACUGUUUGCGAAGGAAGAGCUUCAGGGAGCUGGUGGAUCAAGAUAUCCAGCCUGCCCGCUACCACAUCGCAUUCGGACCGGUGGUGGACGGAGAUGUGGUACCCGAUGACCCUGAGAUCCUCAUGCAGCAGGGGGAGUUCCUGAACUACGACAUCUUGUUGGGGGUGAACCAGGGUGAAGGGCUGAAAUUUGUAGAUGAUAGUGAGGGUGAGGAUGGUAUUUCAGCCGCUUCCUUUGACUACACCAUAUCAAAUUUUGUGGACAACCUCUAUGGAUACCCAGAUGGUAAAGACAUACUGCGGGAGACUAUAAAGUUCAUGUACACAGAUUGGGCUGACCGCGACAACGGGGACAUGCGGCGUAAAACUCUACUUGCACUUUUUACCGACCACCAGUGGGUGGCGCCAGCAGUGGCUACAGCUAAGCUGCAUGCUGAGUUCCAGUCCCCUGUUUAUUUUUAUACCUUCCACCACCACUGCCAGACGGAGGCACGACCCGAGUGGGCAGAUGCAGCACAUGGCGACGAGAUCCCGUAUGUGUUCGGUGUACCCAUGGUGGGUGCCACAGAUUUAUUUCCCUGCAACUUUUCAAAGAAUGAUGUCAUGCUCAGCGCUGUGGUGAUGACAUACUGGACCAACUUCGCCAAGACAGGUGAUCCGAACAUUCCAGUACCGCAGGAUACCAAGUUCAUCCAUACUAAGCCCAACCGCUUCGAGGAAGUUAUUUGGACCAAAUUCAGCUCUAAAGACAAGCAGUACCUCCACAUCGGGUUGAAGCCUCGCAUCCGGGAUAAUUACCGUGCCAACAAAGUUGCCUUCUGGCUUGAGCUGGUUCCUCACCUCCACACCCUUCAUGAGGAGAUCAUCAGCUCCAUAACCACACGACUGCCACCUGGCAGCCCGCACCGGCCCGACUGGAAGGGAACAGUCCAGAGCCCAGGCACACGCUCUACUCGCCACCCCACGGUCUCAACCUACCCACCUGACCCAGACCUCGAAAGUUCUGAACACCCUCCUGAACGAUUCCCAUUCCCUAGCGACACAAGGGACUAUUCGACGGAGCUGAGCGUGACAGUAGCAGUGGGUGCAUCACUGCUCUUCCUCAAUGUGCUGGCAUUUGCCGCGUUGUACUAUAAACGCGACAAACGGCAUGAGCUGCUGCAACGCCGCCAUCGACGCCUCUCACCUCAACGUGGGGCGGGACCAGGCGUUGGCAUUGUGGGGGCUCCGCCCCAUAACGACCUGGCAUUGAGUCAGGAGGAGGAGCUAAUGUCCUUGCAGAUGAAGCAGCAGAGGGUGGAGCUUGACCACGGUACGCCUCUACCACCGCGUGGUCUACAUGGUGACUUGGAACCUCUGAGACCACCCGUGUGCCCGCCGGACUACACUCUGGCACUACGGCGGGCACCUGAGGACGUGCCACUUAUGGCUAAUGCGCUUUCCAUGAUCCCCAGUACCAUCACUGGCAUGCAGCCCCUCCAUGCCUUCAACACUUACCCCCCUGCACCUGCACCAAGUGCUGGACAUAGCAACAAUGCCCUGCCCCACCAGCACUCCACCACACGAGUAUAGUAACCCCUCUGAGGGGACCAGGCCCCCCAAACACAUAGGAACACAGACCUCCGGUACUAAGAGUGGUGCUCUACAUGGAUACUGUCCAAUACACCACUCCUGUCCUUUUUAAGUCCACUCCCAGCACACUGUCUUUCUCGCUCAUUCUUUCUUGUUUUACUUUUCCUGCUCCUCUCGUUCUUGGAGAAGAUUUUGGGUGGAGAAAUGUUGGCCAUUUACUCAAUACAGCAGCUAUCCCCUUACCAUUUUUUUUCUCCAGUUUUUUUGCCCUCAAAUUUCAUUGCCACCUUUCCCUUAUCUUUAUUUUCUUCUCCCCCGAGUCUUUUGCUCUGCUGUAGCCGUUUCUAGUCCCCAAAAAAAGAACAGUUUUCCUACUUCGGACUGUUUUAUAAAUCAAGAAAACAUACAUGUAAAAUAUGUAUUAUUGAUAACGUUAUAAGGCUAUGAAUGAAAAAAAGAUUCUACUAUCUAAUUUUUACCAGCAUUCUUGUGCCAAGUACUGUGAUCAUCGUCCAAUCAGACGCAGUCUAGUGGACGGACAUGGAGAGAAUCACCUGAACUGGAUUUAUUCAAGGAAUUUGCAGAAUUGAAAAAAAAAAAAAGUGCCAAAUUUGUUUUUUCUUUUCUUUGGUCUCUCUCAUUUUUUAUGUUUAUUUUUUGCUUUUUGUUUUGCACUGUCACUGUUAUUUGCCUAUGGAGAGAAAUGAACAACACUACAAAUAUCUAUAUAAAAAGAUAUAGAUUAUUUAAAUUUAUAUCUUGAUUGCGCUUUGGGAAAUUUGCAUGAUUUAUUUUUUAAGAGGAAAAUGGACAUUCGAGAUUCAAGACUCUUCUUUCUUUGUCUUUUUAUUGACUUUUUCUGCAACAGUCUUCUCUCUCUUGCUCUCUUUCUUUCUCUCUCUCUCUCUCUCUCUCUCUCUUGUUUUUACAUCAGCUGUAUUUUGUGCACUUCAUUUGGAGAUUCUUUUCCCUCUGUAGAUACAUGGUCAUAUCCGGAAAUGAAACUGAUUCUUGACGAUAAUAAAGAGGAUAAAUAAUUCCCUUCUUCUUUUCAUUUAUAAUUAUGGAAGCUGUGCGACAAAGCUCUCUCCCAGAGAAGGACUGAUCAGAUAGAUCCACGAUCCCCUCCUCUCCUUUUUUAUCCCUUUUAUCUCUCUCUCUCCGCUCGUAUAGUCCUCUGUAGUAACCCGCGCAUUAUGCCACAUUGAGUUAAGGAACGUUCACUGUGCCGCUCUCUCUCUCCGUAAAGACUCGGACUCUGCUGAGUUGAACGUCCAGAGCGACGGGAUCAACACCUGCGCCCAUUCCCGCACAGCUGGAGUCUCUCCGUCUCUCUCUCUUAUCCAGGGCCCAAGAGAACUCAUGACGUGUCCGGAACAUUCUUCCCCCUCACUGACACUGACCUUUGAGUGAUUAUCUCAGUUUGAGCUCACUUGUCAUCAGGCGGACAUCCUGUUAUAUGCCCUGUCAUAAGUCCCCGUAAGACCUUCUGAUUCAGCCUCUCACCUCUCAACGUUUUUUUUUUUCUGAAAUCUCUCUUUCAGGGCUCCAAGAAUGAUCUGGCCGAGAGGACAGGGUGGUUUGCGCUCAUUUGUGCACAUGUAAGUGUGAGUGUAUGAGGAGUGGGACAGAUGUGGCCCUAAAUGAGCUCUGGAUACUGACUCUGGAAGCUUUGUGCAUUAGGUUUGGGCCGCGGUGGCGGUCAGAAACUAAACACAGCCAGAAGAGCCGUACUGCCCUACAGUGGACGAGGCAUCACUCAUCAUGCCACUUAAAUAUACAUUUACGAUGCAUAAUGCAAGCAACUGUGCAUACCGCUUUCAUCUCCAUCCAUUUUUUUGUUCUCUCGUCGUCUUGUUUUUGGAGUUUCUUGGGUGGAUGGAAAACACACAAGACCGACUUCUGUCAUGCCAUGACAAAAAAAUCCAAGAUGCAAACUGUACAUUUUUUAUAAGUGUAAGAGAUGACAGUCUUUGUAAAUAUUUUGUUUAUUGUUGGGUUCAUGGCCAAUCGUACCCACUGUAAAAACAGGUGCAAGCUCAUUCAGCCAAUCACAUCCCUCCACCCACGGUUCUGAAGACCCUUAUUAGAUUUUCAUUUGAAGGUUUACAGAUACUAAAGCUUCUUUUUCGACAGAAGACAUUAAAUCGUAAUGAAUGUUGAGAGAAGCGGAAACGAAGCGAAUUCCACAUUAGAGAAUAUAUCGAGUCAAGAAUGAGCGAACUUGAUGAGAGUAAUUGCAUUUGGAAUUCAAAUUUGCUGCAAGACCCGACAAUGUGGUGGACAAUAGAGUCGCUGGCUGCAUCUGGUUCUGUUUCGUUUGAUAAACGGAGGGUGGAACCGAUCAGGGCCUAAUCAGAAUAUUUCGUUGGAGAGCGUUAAAUGAGAAAGUUUAUGUGGAGAAGCUUGUUUUAUUUCCUCGUACGAGGCCAUAGGAUGUAAAUCGCUUGAGUCAGCCCUGUUUUUUUUUUUUUUUUUUUUUUUUGAGAGGCCUGCUGUUUGAGUCAUUCUCCUGGGUGUUCUUCAUUACACUUCAGUGGACUAAAUGACAAUGUGGGGUGUUUGUUUUCUCUUACCUGGUUGUAAGUUUUUAGAAAUUUAAUGUUACCCAAACCAUUGGAGAUUUGUUGGGAGUGAAGGUGGGAUUCCACAGCGUUCUGGCUUAUCUCUUUGUUGUGAAUUUGAGCUGCAUAUAUUUCAAAGUAGAGAAUUUAAACAGUUCAUAUUUUUCUACAAAAUAAAGGGAGAGAGAUGAUUCUACCGGCAACUGACAGACAUAUAAAGCACACUCUCACCAGACGUACAUGGUGAUACUUUUUGUCUGGGUUGCCUAUGUAUUAUAGAGGAUUUAAAGAAAAAAAAUAUGAAGAAAAAAAUACUGAGAAACACAACUGUUGAUUAUUAAUGCUUGGUCGCCAAAAAAAAGACUUGCACCUGUUGAGUUUCAUUUUGUUGAAUUUCAGCAACGUAAAAAAGGCUUGAGAUGAGGGGAGGACUGUAUGACCGCAACGGGUCUAAAGAAUGGAAUUCAUAUUUCUAUUUCCUAUACAGGUUACUACACACUGUAUGUUGUGUAUCUGAACUGGACAAUAUUAAAAAAAGGUUAUUAAACUAA